AUGAAGCUCGCAUCGCAAACCCUACUAGCGAUCGUCUCCCUCAGCCAAGCAGCUGCCAUUAAUUCCGAAAUCACAACAAAACAACACUAUCGGGAAAAUUCCACCUUCGCCAAGCUCUCUGCCGCUGCACCUAUCGGGAACGAAAUCAACCAUGCUGGGUGGAAAGUAACGUGCGACAGCUACCAACCUGGUAAUGAAUGUAUCAAAGCCAUCGACGGGGAAGGCAAAACCUUUUGGCAUACUGCGUUUGACAACUCGAAUCUACCUCACCAGAUCGUUGUUGAUCUCGGAACUACACACAAUGUUAACGGGUUAUCCGCCCUCCCGCGCCAAGACGGCAACAAUCACGGAUAUAUAGCCCAGCACGACGUCUCAGUUAGUAUAGACAACGAGAAUUGGGAAACGGUCGCAAGGGGAAAUUGGUACGCCGGUGAUAGUACACAAAAGUUCGCCAAUUUCGAGACCAAGUUAAUACGGUACAUUCGACUUAGGGCUAUGAGUGAAGCCCACGGUCACCAGUGGACUAGUCUCGCCGAACUGAAGGUUUACGAGGCAAAGGGCGGACCAGCAGCUUACAGUGGAAAUGGAAAAUGGGGGCCGACCAUCGAUUUCCCUACUGUUCCUGUUGCAGGUACAGUUGACCCUUUCACCGGGAAGGUAAUUAUCUGGUCAUCUUACAAGUACGACAACUACGCUGGCACGUCACAAGACCGAGUCUUUACAUCUAUAUGGGACCCCGCCACCGGGAUUGUUACAUCCAAACUCGUCGAUGAUACAGAUCACGACAUGUUCUGCCCUGGUAUAUCUAUCGACGGCACGGGAAAGAUGGUCGUCACUGGUGGAAACUCCGCUCGAAAGACAACUCUCUACGAUUAUCAGAAGCGAACAUGGAUCCCUGGUCCGGAUAUGAAUCUCCCUCGUGGGUAUCAGUCGUCUACCACCUUGUCCGACGGUCGUAUCUUCACUGUUGGCGGUUGCUGGAGCGGUGGCUGGCUCGAAAAGAACGGCGAAGUCUACGACCCCAAGGCCAAGGCUUGGACAAAUUUGAGCUCAGCCCUUGUUCGCCCCAUGCUCACCCACGAUUCGCAGGGUAUUUAUCGCGCUGAUAACCACGGAUGGCUAUUCGGCUGGAAGAGCGGCAGCGUCUUUCAAGCAGGUCCCAGUACAUCUAUGAAUUGGUACUUCACUGCUGGAAAUGGAAGGGUAGCAUCCGCGGGAAUAAGGAAGACCAUAAAAGGUGUAGAUCCCGACUCCAUGUCCGGCAAUGCAGUCAUGUAUGACGCAACCAAUGGGAAGAUCCUCACAUUUGGCGGUUCGCCAUCCUACCAAGACAGUAACGCCACUGGCCACGCGCACCUAAUCACCAUUGGAAACCCUGGUUCGCAAGCCCAAGUUCAGGUAGCCGGUAACGGCAUGUGGAGUCCCCGCGCUUUCCAUACGUCUGUAGUCCUUCCAGACGGUAAGACCUUUAUUACGGGGGGCCAGAGUUACGCUGUCCCAUUUUCCGACGACACAGCUCAACUUACCCCGGAGCUCUACGACCCUAAUACCGAUACCUUCUACCAACAACAGUCCAACACCAUCAUUCGGGUGUACCAUAGCAUGUCUCUCCUCCUGUCCGAUGGACGAGUCUUCAACGCAGGCGGCGGCCUCUGCGGUGACUGCAAAACCAACCAUUUCGAUGGGCAAGUCUUCACACCUCAGUACCUCUUAACCAACAAUGGUCAACCUGCCACUCGACCUGUCAUUACUUCCGUUAUACAAUCUGGCCGCAGAAUCACAAUCACAACAGAUUCAGCCGUAUCCACUGCGUCAUUGAUUCGUUUCGGAACCGCUACACACACUGUAAAUACUGAUCAGCGCCGUAUCCCGUUGCCACUGAACACAUCCGGGACGAAUCAGUACGUGGCUGAUGCUCCAGUCGAUCCCGGCAUUUUGUUGCCUGGGUACUACAUGUUGUUUGUCAUGAAUGCGAAUGGAGUUCCUAGCGUUUCGAAAACGCUCACCUUCUUGGUGUAG